UUAACCAGUUUCAAAAUGCUCUAACAUCGAGCAGAAUUGUAUAACAUAUUGAUAACAGCAUUGUUUUAGUGAUGUUUGGCAAAAUCAUUGAUUUAAUAGUGCAAAAAUGUAGAACAGGUGUGUUUGCAAAACUGCACCAGUUUUGUUUGUCAUAAAACUCUAUUUUCCCCAUGGUGCUUAAAUACCACGUGACCAUUCGUUCAUAUUCAUGAACCAGCAAUCGUACGAUGUUCUGCGAAUACGAGGCUUGGGUUGGCCUGAGGUAUUGCGUGUUCGACGUGUUGUCGUGUCGGUGUCGGAUGAGGCAGUGUGUGGCUUCUAAAGUAAAGUUCUCUACAACGUUUGUCACUUGUCAGUUAGUUUUGGUCAAAAGCCAUUGUAGGGAGGGCGUCUGUUAGGGUUCCAGGUUAGGCUAUUGGUCUACUUGGUAGUUUCAAACGAGACUCAGUUCUUUUGGAAUAUCUUCAAACGCACCCGAAACGGAGAGAUUUGAAAUCUGGCGCACGAGACCACACCUUUGAGAGUUGAGAUAGUGUAGGCUACAAGAGCACACAGCAGACCGCAACCCAACCCAACACGUUUUCUGACGAGCCGCUUGAGUUUCCUGAAAACCGAGGACAUUGUGAUACAUCAGUGAAAUACUAGAUUCUGGAUCUAGUCAAAAUGAGGUGGUUAAUUUUUGCCCUAUUUGUCGUGGGCAUUUUUGGACUCGCACAUUCGGAAUGUGAACCAAAUCAGUUUGCUUGUCAUACUGCUGGGAGGUGCAUAAAUAUUGCUUGGAAAUGUGAUGGCGAUGACGAUUGCCAUGACAACUCAGAUGAACUUGAUUGUCCGGCAACUACUUGUUCGGAAAACUCUUUCCAAUGUACGAGUGGCAAAUGCAUUCCUCACCGCUGGACUUGUGAUCAGUUUGAUGACUGUAAAGAUGGCUUAAAGUCUGAUGAAGACCCUGAGAUGUGUUUAAACCAAACAUGUGGGGAACAUGACUUCAAGUGCUCCAAGAGUGGGAGGUGCGUUCCCAUGAAAAUGAAGUGUGACAAUGAGGAAGACUGUCCCCAUGGAGAAGAUGAAGAGGGGUGUGACGAUGUGAUCACGUGUGACCGGUCAGAAUUUCAGUGCAACGACAAGAAGUGCAUUUCCGUAUCUUGGCGAUGUGAUCAUCAUGAAGAUUGUGAUGAUGGUUCUGAUGAAAAGGAUUGCCCCGUCUCGGAAUGCUCUGACAUUGGAGAGAAGCAAUGUGAUGAUGGUGAAUGUAUCACCGAUUCUUGGUGGUGUGAUGGAGAGGGAGACUGCAAAGACAGGUCGGAUGAAUCAAACUGCUCAAAAAGUGUUCUUGAAGAGGCUUCGUCGUGCUCACCGACACAAUUCCAGUGCCAUGGUCCACUGAUCAGCCCAGAAUGCAUCAACAUGCAAUGGAAGUGUGAUGGUGAAGAGGAUUGUGGAGAUAACAGUGAUGAACUCGAUUGUCCUGAGCAUACUUGUGAACCAGGAGAGAGGAAAUGUGACACAAACAACUGCGUCAAAGAGAUAUAUUUUUGUGAUGGAGAUGUUGAUUGUCAAGAUGAAACAGAUGAGAAAAACUGCAACAUCACUGAGCCUUCACUAAGUUGCAAGGACUGGGAGUUCGACUGCAAGGGCGAUGGACAAGAAUGCAUUUCUGAUGCUCUUUUGUGUGAUAAGAGUCGAGACUGCUCCAAUGGACAUGACGAGUCUCCUGCCGUUUGUCCAGAAGAGACUGGGGAUGAUGAUGCAUGCAGUAAAACAAAGAAUGGAGGAUGCUCACAAAUCUGUGUCCCUAAAGGCAGCGGCCGUGAAUGCAAGUGCAGUGAUGGCUAUGAACUGUCCGGUGAGACAUUGUGUAAGGACAUUGAUGAGUGUAGCAUUCCAGGAACCUGCUCUCAAGUGUGCACAAACGUCAAGGGUUCUUACAAGUGUGAAUGCUUUUCUGGAUAUGUGAUGACCAAUCAUCGUUACUGCAAGGCAAAUGAAGGUGCUCGCCCUGAACUCAUCUUAUCAGAGCGACAUGAGCUGAGGCGCUAUCACCUGGAUACCUAUCAUUAUUCUCGUCUGUUAGAAAAAGAAGUCACAGGCGCAGUUGCAAUGGAUUUUGAUAUACGCAAAAACAAGGUUUUCUGGACUGAUGUGGAGAAACUGAAAAUCUUUUCAGUGGACCUUAAAACCAAUGAAGUGCAGACGAUCGUGGAGGAAAAUUUGACUCGGCCUGAUGGGCUUGCUGUUGAUUGGGUACACCAGAAUUUGUAUUUAUCUGACACCGGUCGCAAUUGCAUUGAGGUGGCUCGUAUGGAUGGUUCCCAUCGUAAAACUAUUGCUUCUAAGGAUCUGGAUGAGCCAAGAGCCCUUGUUGUUGAUCCCAAGAGAGGUUGGAUUUACUGGACUGAUUGGGGCAAGCAGCCAAAGAUUGAAAAAUGCGGCAUGAACGGCAAAGAGAGGAAAGAGAUAGUGAACAGGAAUAUUAUCUGGCCAAAUGGUUUGACUAUCGACUACACUAACAAUCGUCUGUACUGGGUGGAUGCCAAGCUUCACAUCAUUGGCAGCUCUGACUUGAAUGGAAAGGACUUCCAUGUGAUUCUCAAGGAUUUUGUGAAAGUAGCUCACCCUUUCGCCAUCACAGUGUUUGAAGACUUUCUUUACUGGACAGACUGGAUGUCUGAUGGCAUUCACAAGACAAGCAAGUUUGGCCAUACUGAGGGAAAUAGCUCGGCUGCAGUCACAAACAUUGCUCUCAACCUGAAAUCGCCCAUGGAUAUCCAUGUAUACCAUAUCUUUAGACAACCUUCAAUGGACAGCCACUGCGGGGACAACAAUGGUGGAUGUAGCCAUCUGUGCCUGCCUGUACCUGUCAAUGAUGAGAGUGAUAAAGUUUUAUCAAGACGUAUGGAAUGUGCUUGUCCUGACGGCAUGAUACUGAAGACAUCUUCAAAAUGUGAAGUUGCUCCAGAAGAACAGAGUGGCUCUGUUACUGUAGCCACGGAACAGACCACUGGUGAAAAGGCUGGGGAGGCUGAAACUACCGAACCGACAAUUAUUGUCCAACCUACUGAAGAUUCGAAACCAGAGGGCACUUCAGAGGAAUCGUCCACCGAGUCUGCCCCUCCUGGAAACCAAACUUCCUCAGCCCUUGAAAAGGAAGAGGGAAAGGAAAGCACAGGACUUGUUCUUGGGAUCACUGUGGCAGUUGUGGCAUCACUGGUUGUUCUUGUGUCUGUGGUGAUUGUGUUCCUGGUCAAACGUCACCGGAAGAAGAAUGUCAAGUCAAUGAACUUUGACAACCCAGUAUAUCGUAAAACAACAACAGAUGAUCAACUCAUCAUGGAGAAGAACGAAUCUGGAAAUGAUCAGAUGCAGCCCUUGAAUUGUGAUCCUGAGAUUGUGUGAUGGCCAACAAAUGUGAAAAGUUGACUAUAUUGAUGAUGUGUGCUUACAAGCUCGUAACAGGAGUAAAAGAGUGGCAAUGAGAUGAGCUGUUUGAAAUUAGAGUGUUAUGUUUCCCAGUUCCAACGAUCAAGUCUCUAGAGGAAUUCAUUUUGUCCAGUGUCCUGGAGAUGUUUCUAUCUGACCUCCUUUAUCCUGUGGAGACUGUUAGAAUUUGAGAAAUUGUGCUUACUUGAAGAUAGCCAUAUCAAUACUCCCUUUGCUGUCUCGGAGUUUCAGUAAUAUUUUCUCCCUUUGGAAUUGAACCAUACAACCUGCUCAAGUGAAUGACUAAAGGGAUAUUGUGCCUUUUAAGCUUUGUCAUCAUUUCCUUCCCCUCUCCCUGCCCCCGCCCCUUGCUGCAUUCAAAACUCCAGGGAUAAGAAGUUGUGCACACAUCAAUCAAAGGAUUGAAAAGAAGUCUUGGCAGUGUACAUGUCAACUUAAUGAGACUUGAAAGAGAAGAGUGUUGUGAUACCUGUGCCACUGAGUAGUGGACUCAACAUGGCUGCCCCUCCUGAUCUCACUGCCUUAAGGAUCAACGCCUCUUGUGUUACAGUCAACUCAGGGUGCUGGUGGAUCGAGUCAAGUCUAUUCACAUCCGAUGUUCUCUUUGCUUUUGUGUCCUCAAAAUGUACACAAUUUAAUAGGUACGAGGGAUGCAUUCGCAAAAAUGUUAAGUAACGAGUCCACUUUCAAGCUCUGCGUUCUCUACCAAGCCGUUCUCUCACGGAAGAGAGGGAGAUGUCUCUUUCAUUCUAACAAGAGUCGAAAGAUAUCUGGACUUACCAUCAUUAUCAGUAUGUCAUCAUUUUGCUUUCACCAUUGUUCAGGGAUACUUUUUAAGAAGAAAAUCUCUAUGCUUUCCUACUGUGGAGGGUGUAACCGUUACAUGCACAUUGCAUCAUGUGAUGGUUCUCAACAGGCUGUGAUUAUUCUCCUGCGCGUUUUUACUGCCAAAGGUCAGUGCAGAUGCCAGAUACCUUUUUCCAGUCAGCGACAGCAUACAUUGGUUUCAGUGCCACUUUUGUUUUGGAAUUAGUUCCGAGUUUUUGUCUAUUCUGUGGUUUUCUGAAUUUUCAAAAAACGUUCCUCUCAUGUUUGGUACUGAACAUUGUACAUUUUCAUUUUCAGCUUGUUUUUGUUGGAUUUUGAGGAGUAUUGAGAAAAGUGAAGUAGUUUUAGGUCAUACAAACAGAGCCCAGUGUGUGCUGCUUACCUUAAAACACUAAGUUUACUCCCGGCUACUCUCAUUAGUAUGUCUUUGUGCUUUUCUAUCUGGUAGCCAGUCUUGACUAGUUAAUGAAGGCUUUAAAUGGAUUUUAAUGUUGGAAGAAAAAAGAACAUUUAAAACUUGUGCCAUUUUUUUCCCCUUUUCAUUUUUUGAAACUAUUCCAUUUAUCAUUCUCUCUUAAGGAUCAUUUUAUGAUGGAUGUCUAUCUGUCACAGUUUGAAUUGGAAGUACAGAAGCACUCUGCAAAUCCUUACGGGGGAGCCUGCUCAAUAUGUUUCGUAUUAACAGGAAGAUGUUAUAAAGAAUAGAUCCAUACUCCAUGUCCCAAUAGUGCGCUAUACUACUACUACAAAUUCCUUUGUAUCUCAUUCGUACCCUGCAAUACUGAUGCAUUCCAGUUUAGUUACCGAUAUCAUUGUGUGGUAUUGUAUACAUGAUGUUUGUUUUAUAUGCAAUGCUUGCUUAUCAUUCAUUGUCUUGAAAUGCCUGUAAAGUAUUAAAACUUUUGCUUUUGAUCUGAAUAUCGAAUGGGCAUGAUAGACCUUAUUGUUUGUCUAAUUAAUCUUGAAAAUUGAACUGGUUCUUUUAUUAGUUUCCAUUAACGAGAAAAAUGUUUCAUUGGGAGAGAAGAGAAAAUGAGUGUGCAACCCACUUCGGUUGUAGUUUUUUGUUUUCUAAAUGCAAUAUGAAUAUGACAGCAUCCAGUGCAGGAUGAUGGUUCAGUACUGAAGCAUUUGUGCCUAGAAAGUAAUUUUUCUCAUAAAUUUUUGAACAAUAUGUUAGGGAAGAAAAUUGGAUUUAAAAAAAUGUUCUGUCUCAAAAUGCCUAGAUCGUCUUGGUUGUCACAUCUACAUGCUUAAUGUAGAUACUAUUUAAUAUUGAAGUUAUAUUGUGUCAAAUUUAAAAUAUUUCAUGUACAUCUUGUCAGCAAUGCAACUUCUAGUGUUAAUAAUACUCUGCAGAGAAGCGAUUUCCCAUAUUCAGACUGUGUAAAGACAUCACCUUGUUCCAUUUGAUAUUUAUUAAAUCAGUAGCAACAUCCAGAUAUUGAUGACCAUGUAUUGAUAUUGAUUGAAUUUAUCAGACCCAGUAGACCAAAUUAAAUAAAUUAUGUUUUUAGUGGGUGGUUAGCAGGUGCUCUGGUUGAGUUUGCUCCUCCUUUCCUAUACAUCAUCCUUACCUGUCCUCCUGUUUUGUUUAUGUUACUCUCUUGUAGCAACUCUAGUCUUAAGCGCUUAUAUGACCUAACUGUUACAAGUGCUGUGAAACUCUUACGAAAAAUUAACUGUUUUUAACCCCUUCGCUGCCAGGGGUGUGCAUUCCUACUGUUAGCACAGAUUAUCAGCUAAGCUUGUUAGCCAGGAUAGCUGUCUCAUGUCUCAGUGUUAACGGACCUGUCUAGAUCUAGCCCACUUUUCACAUAUUCCGGACCCCGGGUCUUCGGUUGAAUCUCUUUUUUCAUUCCUCGUAUUCCCCAUCUUUCUCAUAAUUUAAAAAAUCUUUCAAGUCUAAGUCAAAAAGUGAAUUUUCUAUGUUUUGUCUGCAAGACUAGACCUGUUUUAACAUCUGUUUGUAAGCCUUGUGGUAAACUAAUACUAGCAAAUUUGGUACCAGUAUGUGCAUUUUUAAAUUUCUGAAUAUGAAGCCAUGCAAUACUUUUGGCAAAAACUCCAUACUGAACAAUGAAAGCCAGAUGAUUGGCGUGACGUACAUGGCUACCAGAGGAGCAAAUUUUUCAACUUGAUGGUACUGCACGAAGCUUAAUGUUACAAUUUUUCGUGGCGUACCAGAUGAACGGUUUAAAUUUGAAGAAAAGAUAUUCAAUAGGUCUCUGUCUUUUGACUUUUCCAACCAAAAAGAGAAAGGGACAAUGUUAAAUUAUAGUUUUGUGUAGAGUUGGAAUUGUAGACAGCUUGUUUCUUUAGAAAACAUUGAGUGCUCUCAUUCUUUUUAUUUAGACAUUCUAUCAGUAAUACAUGGGGCUAAUAUUGCCUGUGUAAUAAAAUGCAUGCUAUUGUCAUUGAUAUCUGUUUGCUGUCUACUAUGUUGAUUAUAGAAUCUCAAUAUCACUUUAAUGUACGGGUGUGAAUGUUGAUGAAGAAUGGGUGCACUCAUGAUAAGUUAACUUCUGGUUAUAAUGACACGUAUACCGUGAAUAUUGUGAAGCUUAACCAUUUGAUAAGAGUUGAAAUUGAGUUGUUUAAUCUUGAAUAUUCCUUUGAAGGUUUAAAAAAAAAA